AUGCAAGAAAAGACCGGUUUUGGUGGUCCUGGUAUAGAUAAUAGUCGCAAUGCCGUUGGCGAAACAAAAAUUUCUCCCGAUAAUGUUAAUUCUUUAACGAUUAAAUAUGAGAUUCCGACCGACAAUUCGGUUUCAGCCACUCCUGUGACUUUCAAAAAUAACGUUUAUUUCCCUGAUUGGGCAGGGUUUUUAUAUUCCGUCGAUGCCAAAACAGGAACGAUUAAUUGGAAAUUUAAGGUAUCAGAGAAAUAUCUUCCACAACCGGCCGAUCCAAAAGCGAUAAGUCGGGAUACUUUUGCGAUUGAUCCAACCGAACAACUUAUUGUAUUAGGCACUCAGAAUCCUUUUGAUGGAGGUAGCGGUUUCGUUAUGGCAAUUGAUCUACAAGGUGAAUUGGUUUGGAUCACAUUGAUUGAUGACCACCCAUAUGCUGGCAUAACACAAUCCCCCACAAUAUAUAAUGGUGGUGUGUAUAUUGGAGUUUCUUCAUCCGAAGAGGAAGCCGCCGCUUUCAACCCCGGUUAUGUUUGCUGCACUUUCCAAGGGAGCUUUGCUAAAUUAGAUUUAAAGACCGUGUGGGGUUCUGCGCCUGCUAUUGAUCCUAUUAAAGGGUUGGUUUACAUCUCUACCGGUAAUAAUUAUGAUGUCCCACCUGACAUUUUAGAUUGCUUAUCAUCCACAAAUACAACGGAAGAGAUGUUCAAAUGUCAUGACCCUAAAAAUUAUAUUAACACGAUACUUGCCUUAGACAUAAAUAAUGUGCCUUAUCCGGACAAUUGUCCUAAACCUUCUGGACCAGAUUACGCAUGUAAAAAGCAUGGUUGUCCGUUACUUGCUAUUGCAACCGCAAAAUCCGGAAUUACCUGGGCGAUAAAUGCUGUUACGGGUGAAAUUUAUUGGUACGUUGAGUCUGGACCGGGACGACUUGAUGGUGGUUCAUUGUUUGGUUCUGCCACUAACAAAGACAAUUACGUAUUUAAAAAACCAUCUCGUAACAGUCCACCUUCAACAAACGGGGGUGCAUUAGUGGCAAUCGAUGUAUUAACUGGCAAAAUAUUGUGGCAAACGGCGAAUCCUACCAAUGCUGGAGGAGCGGCUCCGGUAUCUUAUGCGAAUGGUGUUGUUUGGUACGGUAGUAGGGAUGAUAGCGGUCAUUUGUAUGCUUUAGACGCCGAGACCGGUGAUAUUUUAUAUGAUUUUAUUACGGGUGGUACGGUCAGCUGUGGACCAAGCAUUGUUGAUGGUGUCGUCUUUGCUGGUAGUGGUUAUCAAAGGUUUGGCUCUGAAACCAUGAACAAUAGA